GUGGGCUAGCAAACCUGCUUACGAUUGUCCGUCGGACGUUACGCCAUCUGGGCUGGGUUUUAGUCUAACCGGUGUGGUCCCGAGGUCGGCAAAAAUCACCACCUCGUCAGCGCCCAGCUACACCUCGAUAGAGGUCGAAAUAUCGUGAUAUUGCAUUGUCACUUGCUCCCUAUGACCCAACCACUAUCUGAUGGCGCAAAACCGACGGCACCACAAUUUAGCGCAAUAAUUACUGGCCGCAUCCAGCUUAUUCGGAAUUAUGAGCUAGUUGUUGGUUUCAGGGUCGUUAACCACUUGGUAUAAAAGACUGUCCGCGACUUCAAUUGUCAUUCAGCUCAAGCUUGUCCAUCCAGCAACAUGAAGACGAUCAGCGCUCUCCUGGCCGUGUGCGUUCUGUUCGCCGCAGUGUCAUGCACUGUGGCCACUAAGGGCAAGGGCGGCGGCGGCGGCGGCUACCAGUCCGUCCACGUCGUCCACGUCCCGGUCAUCCACCGCUAUGUGCCAGUGCCGGUCUACCACGGCUACGGCGGCUACGGCAAGGGACACGCCGUCGGCUAUGGUGGCGGUUUCGGCAAGGGUGGCGGUUUCGGCCACGGAGGUGGUUUCGGCAAGGGUGGCGGUUUCGGCCACGGUGGUGGUUUCGGCUACGGGCCCGCCCCCAUUCCUUACGGAGGUUAUUAUUAGAAGUGGGUAGGCUGAAGGCCAGAAGUUGGGUGUCUGCACAUGUCAUUGUGGGUGUUUACUUGCUCAUCGGGUUAUGUGUGUGCAAGCUUGCUGUUCUGUGUGCAAACCUAAACCAUGACUGCCAGACAAUGGUGGUUGUGUGAUACUCAUUGGUUACCUGUUCCGAACAGUGCUGCUCUUUCGUCGACAGAAUCAUCAUUUCAUCAACUUCAAGCAACAGAAUCAUUUCGUUGCAUGAAUCAUCAAAAGGUAUUCAUAUCAUAUGUGAGGAUACCAUGUAUUUACUCGUGGUGACAUUCCCUACUCCACACCCAAUGCAUAUCAUAUUUGUGUUUACCAUAAAAAGCAGUGGUCUUUGCAUGCUCUUGCUUUCACAUUUUGAUUAGCUCCUCCACCAUCCACGUGCAUCCAAUUGUCUCUGAUAAAUAUACAACAAAUACCCGAAAA